UACCCAGACGCCGACUUCUAGGAAGGGGCUGGACUUGUUCGAAAUGCAGGAGAACAACAAUUUGCCGACUUCGAGCCAUUCCUCGACCCUACCACUGACAUCUAUCACCCUGCCAGUGGCCGAGUUCUUACUCGAGACAUACACGAAAAGAAUCAACCCUCAAUAUCCAAUUUACUCGACCAUAGAUGUCUUGCAGCCUUUCAAUGCCGUGUUCCAUCGAACAGCGGCCAGCAGGGCACUACUGACCGAGCCAUCUCACCGCGAAACCUACAUUGUCAGUCUGAUCAUGGCGAUUUCCCUCAGCACCGCCGCACGACACAAACAGGCGCAUGCCCAAUCGUUGGCCACUGGUCUAUUCAAGACCGCUGUCCAACACGCACAAAAGAUGUGGACGAAUGACCUGGCCAGCCUGCAGGCAUUGCUCUUGGCCAUGCAAUACGCCUUCUUAAAUCCAGACGUGGCGAAUCUGACGAUUCUGACUGGAUUUGCGAGCGAAGCGUGUAUUGACAUGGCUUGGACGCCCAAGAAAGGGAUUUGCGACGUAGAAAAAUUGGAGAGCGACAUCAUGAACGUUCUAUACCCGAGCUACACCCAAGCCGAGGAUUCUCUUACACUUGAGCCUUGGAUCGCCAAGAUGGAAAAGAGCAUUGAGGAGUGGCAGCGAGUGAUUAAUGUCGCUGCAGCGUGUAGCGAAGACGAGUCGAAAAGAUCCCUGUGGGACGAGCUGAAACUCUACGGCAAGAUUGGCUACAACUACGUUCUAGUCUGUCUAUUUGGACCAUGCCCAAGACUUCCGACACGAUCUCGACCGGACCUACUAAAGGCAUUUGCCGCCUCUGUCUGCGUCGCGUCGGCGUAUCAUGAUCAAGCCAAUUCGGCAGGUGGACACAUCAAAUACGUCUUCAACUCAUGCUAUCACACUUUUUCCUCGGCCAUAGUCUUUCUCGAGACCUUGCGAGUCUGCAGAGACGACUUUUUCCAAUCCUACAUCUUCACCGAAAUCGAGAAUUCCCCCGACUGCUUUGCAACGCUGUUCUCGGCCACGGCAGAACGCUGGCCCGCGGUCUCUCGGUGCUCGCAGGAGUUACAACAGCGCUUGCAGCCGAUCAAGGACGAUUACACGAACUUCGUGUUCGAACGCGCGAGCAACGCCGGUUAUGAAAUGCCUGUGCAAAACGGUCGGCGAGACGAUGUCGAUGACGCUGACAAGGAGAAUCUCUACGAAAACUAUUAUGAUGUACCUUACGAUUGGAAUGUUGAAUUUGGGUUUGGGAUUGACGACGUCUUCUCGAAUCAAGCGCCAUGA